AUGGCCUUCCAGUCGACCCCAACUGAUGUUUCCGUGAUCAUCACCGCGGCGUCGGUGGCCCGUCCGGGAGCCGAUUCAGAGCCGAGGUUCCUGAACGAGCGCCGCAUCACACCGACGUGGACGGUCGAGCAGGUCAAGAGUAAACUCGAGACCAUGACCGGUAUUCCUCCCGGUAGUCAGCGCCUACGCGUCAAGGUGCUUGGUCGACCGGAUGUCUGGGCUACUAGUGAUGCCCAGCUGAUUGGGGAUUUUGGCAUUGCCAAGGGCUCUGAAAUUGAGAUCCACGACUCCCGGCCGCAAACUAUGCGUCCUAAUUUCACUGAUUUGUCUUCGGUGGAAAAGUACGAAAUGAAGCCCGAAACCUACGAGACUCGCUCGGACUCGGUUCUGGCGUGGAAACGUAACCAGAAGCUUGGCCGUUUUGAUCCUAAUGCUCUCGCUCCAGAAGAAUCUCUUCGCAAGCAAGCUGAGCAGGAUCGGGCCGAGAUUACAAGCAAGGGUAUUGCCGUCACAAAGAGAGCAAUCAUCCUCCCUUCAUCCCCACCACACAUCCGUCGGGGCACGAUUCGCUUUGUGGGCCCCGUCCCGACCAUCCCCCUCAGCGGGCCUGCACGAGAGCUCGAGAAGAGCGGCGAAACGAUCCCGGCCGAGCUGCAGCCCCUGUGGGUCGGCAUUGAACUGGAUGAGCCGACGGGGAAGAAUGACGGCAGUGUUGGUGGACAGCGUUACUUUGAGUGUCCGCAAAAGUGCGGAGCCUUUGUGAAGCCGGAGAAAGUCCAAGUUGGUGAUUUCCCGCCCUUGGGACUGGAUGAUGAGUUGGAUGAUCUGAUGGAGGAAAUCUGA